AUGGCAGACCAAAAACAACUGCUAGCCGAAUGUGAUUUAGUGCGAAAACUGGCCAUUGGCGGAGUACUAAUGGCCACUACCACAAUAAUGGUUACAGUAUUGUCAGUACCAUUAAUGUACCACUACGUACAAAAUGCUCAAUCUCACAUGCAGGAGGAGGUUGAGUACUGUAAAAGCACGGCCAAUAACCUGUGGAAAGAGGUCACUACAACACAAGUAAGUAAAUCUUGAGUACAACAGUAUGAUAUACUCUUAGAGUACCGUAUACAUAAAAUUUUUAGUACUACUUUCUAAUUUUAGUUCCUCUCUGAAGCCAAUCCUCGUACCGCACGCUCAGCCGAACAGGCCAAAUCCAAAGCCGGCCAAAUCCUCAAAGCCCACAUGAUCCGUCGUCAAGCUUCAAAUGGCUGUUGUGGUUGUGGCCAUUCCCCAGGUGGUCCUCCAGGCCCACCUGGAGCUCCAGGAAUGCCAGGCGAAGAUGGUGUACCAGGCAACAGUGGUAGUCCCGGUUCCGACGGACCAGCAAGACCUGCCCAAGCCGCGCCACAAUGGUGCUACGAUUGCAAUCCCGGCCCUCCUGGACCACCAGGUCAAGGCGGAAGCCCCGGUUCACCAGGCCGUCCAGGAUCUCCAGGUGAAAGUGGCAGUCCAGCAGCACCAGGACCAGCGGGGCCACCAGGUCCACCCGGGGCGCCAGGAGAAGCUGGUCGUCCGGGUGAACCUGGUGCUCCAGGAGCGCCAGGAGUCUUACGUGACGGACCAACAAAUGUGGGACCAGCUGGUCCUCCCGGCCCACCUGGUCCGCCAGGACCACAAGGAAACGGAGGUCAGCCAGGAGAACCAGGUAGACCAGGCCAACCCGGAGAAUCUGGUGAACCUGGCUCGCCUGGAGCUCCUGGACGUCCAGGUGGCGCUGGAUUGCCAGGAAGUUCCGGAGAACAAGGUCGUAAAGGAAGUUGUGACCAUUGUCCACCCCCACGAACUGCUCCCGGAUAUUAA